AGGAGAGAGACACUAAUUCUGUCUUUCCUAAUCCUCCAUUCUGCAAGUCUUCUACGCUCAUUGACCGAGUCCAACACAACACAAGCUAACAAUUUUAGCUCACACUCACAACACCUGAAUAUGGGAGAGGGAUUGUCAGCACAGUGGUAAUCGUGAUUUAAAUAUACGUUCAUAAACCUGCGUUGACAAAGGUAGAAUAUAAGACAACCGGGACAGGACAGAAGUCAAGAUGGGCGAAGCUCCAAAGGGUUUGCUCUCUGUGAUGCAGAAGCUGAAGGGAUCCACAGAGCUGGAGCUCAGGAUAGUUCUGUUGGGACUGGACAACGCUGGUAAAACCACCUUGCUCAAGUGUCUCGCCUCGGAGGAUGUGAACACCAUUACACCAACACAGGGCUUUAACAUCAAAAGCGUGGCCUCUCAUGGGAUGAAACUGAACGUGUGGGACAUUGGAGGACAGCGAAAGAUCCGUCCUUUCUGGAAAAAAUACCUAGAAAACACAGAUGUAUUGGUUUAUGUCAUAGACAGCGCUGACAAGAAGCGGUUUGAGGAAACAGGAUUGGAGCUGUCAGAGCUGAUAGAUGAGGAGAACCUCGCAGGUGUUCCCAUACUCAUCUUUGCCAAUAAGCAGGAUCUGUGUACUGCGUCUCCGGCCAGCGAGAUCGCCGAGGGUUUGAACCUGCACACGUACAGAGACAGAGUCUGGCAGAUCCAGGCCUGUUCGGCGGUCACAGGAGAGGGUGUGCAGCGUUCAGUGAGCAGCUUCUGUAAUGCAAACACAAGUGGACUGGUCUUCAGAGAGGUCAGGCAGGAACACUUUUCUACAGAUAAGAACUGACAGCAGUUUCAUUCGACUGGGUUACUGAUAAUAACUUACCCAUAAUUCCCCUCGCCAUCAUGAGUGGUGUGGCACACUUCAGCUCUGAAG